GGGGGGGAGGCUCGGCGGAGCUGGCGGGGCGGGGCGUCUCCCGAGGCUCGGCGGGCCCGCGGCGGCGGCGGCCCGCUCAGUGCUCCUCACAGCGUAGUCGGGCGGAGGCGGCGCCGUCUGCUCUCCUCCAGCGCGGCCUGAGCCGCUCCCUGGAGCUCCCCUCCCCGCCCUGGCCCCAGCCUUCGGCGAGGCUCCCCGAGAGAACCCGGAGGAGCGCAGGUGGCUUUCUAGAGGAUGACCAUAGAAGACCUUCCAGAUCUUCCCUCAGAAGGAAAUUCUUUGAUUGGAAGAUACCCAUUUUUAUUUUCUGGUUCUGACACACCGGUUAUCUUCUCAGUUUCUGCAGCACCAAUGCCUUCGGACUGUGAGUUUUCUUUUUUUGAUCCCAAUGAUGCAUCAUGCCAAGAAAUCCUUUUUGAUCCUAAAACAUCAGUAUCAGAAUUAUUUGCCAUUUUAAGACAAUGGGUUCCCCAAGUCCAACAGAACAUUGAUAUUAUUGGAAAUGAGAUUAUCAAGAGAGGAUGUAAUGUAAAUGAUAGAGAUGGACUAACCGAUAUGACUCUUCUCCAUUAUACCUGCAAAUCUGGAGCUCAUGGUAUCGGUGAUGUUGAGACCGCUGUAAAAUUUGCCUCUUAUCUCAUUGAACUGGGGGCGGAUGUCAGCUUGAGAAGUCGCUGGACAAACAUGAAUGCUUUGCAUUAUGCUGCUUACUUUGAUGUCCCAGAACUUAUAAAUUUGAUUUUGAAGGCAUCAAAACCAAAAGAUGUGGAUGCUACAUGCAGUGACUUUGCUUUUGGAACAGCUCUGCAUAUUGCAGCAUUUAACUUGUGCACGGGGGCUGUGAAGUGUUUACUGGAACAUGGAGCAAAUCCUGCCUUUAGGAAUGACAAAGGACAGAUCCCAGCUGAUGUUGUUCCAGACCCAGUCGAUAUGCCUUUAGAGAUGGCAGAUGCAGCUGCCAGUGCUAAACAAAUCAAGCAAAUGCUGCUGGAUGCUGUCCCUUUGUUGUGUGAUGUCUCAAAGGCCAUGCUUCCAAAUUAUGAUCCUACAACUGGCAAAGACAUGCUUACGUCAUUGGGCCUCAAGUUGGGAGACCGUGUGAUCAUUGCAGGACAGAAGGUUGGAAUAUUAAGAUUUUGUGGCACAACUGAAUUUGCCAGUGGGCAGUGGGCUGGCAUUGAGUUGAGUGAACCAGAAGGAAAGAAUAAUGGAAGUGUUGGGAAAGUCCAGUACUUUAAAUGUCCUCCCAAAUACGGCAUUUUCGCACCUCUUUCAAAGAUAAGCAAAGCCACAGAUCGGAAGAAGACCAUAGGUCGAACGCCUUCUACUACACGUGCUGCGCCGCCCAUCAGAUCCCAGAAGGUUGAUGUCACUCAUGUAACUUCAAAGAUAAACACUGGAUUAACACCGUCCAAGAAAGAGGGUGGUUCUGAAUCAACAUUGUUAUUGUCUUCUGGUGAAGAACUGAAAACUACACCUGGGAAGGAAGCUGUUCCACCUGUAUCUAUCAGCUCCUCUUCCUCUGUAUCCUCCCUGGACAACAAACAGAUUCCCCAUAAGAAAUGGAAUCCAACCAACAGUAAUAAGGAGGCAUCGAUAAAAAGUUCUUCCAUUUCAUCAAGAGCCAGUGCUGGGUCGACUACUUCAACUACAUCUGUGGGAAAUAAACGGGAAGAAGAAGUUCACGUUGGAGACCGAGUGCUGGUGGUAGGCCAGAGGAUUGGCACUGUCAGGUUCUUUGGAACGACAAACUUUGCUCCAGGAGUUUGGUGUGGCAUUGAGCUUGAAAAGCCCUAUGGCAAGAAUGACGGCUCAGUUGGAGGUGUGCAGUACUUUACUUGUCAACCAAGAUAUGGAAUAUUUGCUCCCCCAACUAGGGUGCAGAGACUAAAAGACAGUCUUUCGGAGAAUGCAUCAAAUAAACGAAAUCAUUCUUUUCCAGGUUUCAGGCGAAGUUUCAGUACAACUUCUGCAUCUUCUCAAAAAGAGAUAAAUAGAAGAAAUGCUUUUGAAAAAUCAAAAAGUGCUUUACUUCGUCGAAGCUGGAGCAGUACUCCAACUGCCGGCGGCAUGGAAGGAGCGGUGAAACUGCACCAGGGCUCCCAGGUUCUCCUCACCAGCUCUAAUGAAAUGGCCAUUGUUAGGUAUGUGGGCCCCACUGACUUUGCCCCAGGCACCUGGCUUGGACUUGAACUCAAAGGUGCCAGGGGAAAGAACGAUGGCUCAGUGGGGGACAAACGUUAUUUUACCUGUAAGCCAAACCAUGGAGUUUUGGUUCGGCCAAGCAGAGUGACCUAUCGGGGGAUUAAUGGGUCAAAGCUUGUGGAUGAUGACUGCUGAACUUGAGACCUCCUGAGUGAGAGAGAUCUAGUGUAUUACAUAUGUAGGGACUGUGUCACACUCGAGGCUCUGACACAUGGGGAGUGCAUGGGAAAUGGAUGACUUACUUAGCUCUUAAUUAAUAUUUGGAUAACACAACUAUCUUCAUAGUAUCAUUAAGACAAUUUACAGAUUAACUUUCAAACAAAAGGAGUAUGAAAUUUUUAAGAAUCAUGAAUCUCUUAGGAUUAUUUAAGGAGAACUUAUUUUUUAAAGCUUUUAGACCUUAGUGUGGUCCUGGGCUGCCAGAAAAUUAUGCCAUUAGGAGACCAACUGAUGUGUUCUGUUGCUUGUUCUGUCUUACUUUGUCGUACAGGAUGGGAUUCUUGUUGUUACGGUAUUGGGCAGCGUGUUACUUUGAUAGUUCCUUUAGCUGUCCAAAGUGUUUUGGGAAUUGUUAUCCCUUUCUGUUCUUUCACCAGUAAGGGAUAAGAAAUGACUGUGGGUGAGUGAUAAUUCAUGAAAACAUCCAUUCCCUCUCUGAUCCUCCAAAGAAAUCCUGCCCUGAAGACAUGCAGUCUAGCAUUUUAGGACUGGAAAUUACCUCAUGAUUUAUCUGGGCCACUCCUCUUAGUCUAUGGAUGAGGAAACUGAGGCAAUUUCCCCACAGGCUCCCAGCUGGUAGCAAAGUGAGGAGUGCAGAACAGGCCUCCUGACGUGCCAUCUGCACCACAUGGACUGCAGGGAUCCUCAGCAUUCUUCUGAAUUACUUAUCAAGGAUUGCUGACAAAGCAUCGUGCAGUUAGCUCCUGUUUUAAAUACCACCUUAUUGCUGCAUAAAAGACCACAUUUGGAAGAAGCACUUUUAAAACUUGAUGCACUUUCAUUUCUGUGGAAAGCUUCUCCUCACUGUAUCUUGAAGCCCUUUGCCAGUUUUUCCUGCUGGCUAUGAAAAAAACAAACCAGUUUUUAAAAAAUAUGCACUUAAAAGCAAGGAGUGGAUUGAAACAUCCUAGGCUUAUGUAUAGUGAGCAGUGUGGUUUACCACGCAAUUUUCCUCACCCAUAAAUAGAAAUAAAUAAUCCACAGAUAGCCAAGGUCUGUGUGGUACACGUUCAUUAAAGUGUUUCUUCAUUUCUUUAUAUUUCUUUUUGUGGUGUUACUCUUAAGGCAGCCAUGACAUUUGCCUUAGUUGGCUUUGGAUUUUCCCAACUGUUGCAAAGCACAAGUAUUUGAGCUUUGGUUAAGUGCUACACAAAUUCAGCGGGGGGAGCCUGUUUUCAUUCUGUGUCUUGUGCCCAUCUUUGUGUUUAAGGUUUGUAAUAGAAUAACGUUGCAAGGAAUUUGUGUUAUGUCUGUGUCUUGAUGUUUGUGUCCCAUAAAUGUAAAAGAUUUAUAUUUUAUUGUAGAUAUUUAGAUUUGAAAAGACUACAGAAAUAGUAAAAUGGUUCACUUUAUAAGAUUUAAAAUUAUCCUUAACAAUGGAACUGCCUUUGCACUUAGAAAGAAAUAACAUGUUCAGAUAUUUUGCAAUAUACUAUUUUUAAACUGAAUUCUGCUGCUCUGCUGCUCUUUUGAAGAAAGCGUGGUAUUUCAAAUACUUGCUAGACCUAUUUUCCUGAAAUACGUUUGCAAAACAAGGCUGUAAUACACUGCCUUUUAAUCAAGGAAUAUUUUUACUGACUAAAGAAAAUGAAUGUACUGUGAUUUUGAAUGUAAACUUAUUUUAUUAUACUGUUUCCUAAAAAUUCUGUUUAUUUAUACCUUGAGAUGUAUGUGGAUACACUGAAACUUUUACAAAGUCCAAAAUGUUUCCUGUUGUACAUCAGAGCCCUAUAAAUUAAAAUCUGUUAUAUUGAUGUUGACAAUGAUUUGCUUUUAGGGAAACCAUAAACCACUAUUUUUUUCUUCUCUUUGCAACCUUUAUUUUCUUUCGUGCAUAUAUUAUGUGAAUAGAGAACAUCUAUUAAAUCCAUACAAAUUUAUACAUUCAUGCAUAAAUACAUGAAAACAGAUUUUUUUCAUCUUUAGCUUAUUAAAUGUCAAUCUACUCAUAUGGAAUUGUAGCUUCUUGAACAUAAAUAAAAUGGGAAACCAUUGUGUUUUGGAAUAGUGUCUUAUGGUGGACUCUUUCUAUUAUUCUUCUCUCAUAACCCAGGAUAUUAGUGUAUACCAUCUCUUUCUUCUUUAAAAAUACAUUUCAUAAAGAAUUUGGGGUUGUUGUCUUUACUAACUAGACUGUUCCUGUAUUCUUGACUCUUCUCACAAACACUUUUCAAAAAUGAGCAUGCUUUCUUUAAUACAGCAAGGUUGGUUAAACAAACCACCCACUGCAGAAAGUGUUUUAAUAGGCAGAAUGUUAUUUCACAAACACUAGCUAGAAACACAGAAGAGUGUCUUUUUGCUUCUUUUAUACCCAUGCAAAGAAAACAUUUUCAUUUAUUAGUGUUGGAAAUUUACAUGGAAAAACUCAUACACAUGGUCCUAUCAGGCUGAUAACUACAUUUUUAUAUUUUAUUAUUCACGUUUUCAUGAUCCACCAAGAUGAUAAGCUUCCUGAUACAUCUCUCCCAUUACCUUGUACAGUAUAUCAUUGUCAGUGUUAUUAAAUGCCUGGCUCAUAGUAGGCUCUUCAUCAAUGGGUGAUGAAUGAAUGAAUAUUUUUCAAAUAAUCCCUUUAUUAAAAUUGUGCUUUGAUGCUUCAUUGUGGCAAGGAUGUGACUGUGGGUUCUCAAAAGCUUUUUCAUCAAUGGGUGAUGAGUGAAUGAAUAUUUUACAAGUAAUUCCUUUACUGAAAUUAUGCUUUGAUGCUUCACUGUGGCAAGGAUGUGACCAUGGGUUCUCAAAUUUUUUUUCAUUAUAAUGCUAGCUAACUCUACAGGGCCUGUUGAAACUUGAAGGACUUUGACAAUGGACCCAGUAUCCAUUUGCUGUCCGAUAACCAAGAAACAGCCUAGUCAAGUUGGGGAGGUUCAUCACUAGGUUAGCCAGAAAGUGAUGAUCUUUUGGGGCCACAGCAACUCUUCAGGAACAUCUCUGAAAUUUCUGAGAGCUUCUGGAUGUGUUGGUAGGGGUAGUAAUUUUCUUAGUGCUCAAAUCCUAGAUCCUUAAAGUAUGAAGUUUUGGGAAAGGCUAUACAAGUCCAAAGUGAAGAUCUAGGUAGAGAUGCCAGUCUAUUAGAUGCAAACAUAACCAGUGUGAUAAGGGCAAUUAAAAAAUUACUUAAAAUUAUACUGUCAAGCAGUGUUUGCAGAUUGUUUUAAAUUUGUAUAAACUAAGAUGAUCAUCCAUAAAUCCAGAGCAAAAAGAAAAUAUGUGAUUAAAAUGUUAUGUGAUGAUACUGCCUCCUCAGACUAAAGGCUCAGACAUCUUAAUACUUCAGAAAUCUACUUUUAUUGUUUUUAUAAGUUUUAUUUAUUUUUAUAUUAGUCAUGUCCAAAUAUCUCUCCCUUCCUCUACUCAGUAAAGCCUUAACUUGUCACAGAAGAAAAACAGUUGAGUAAAAUCAACAGACACAUUGAUUGUAUCUGGCAGGAUCUGUGUGACAUUCUGCCUCCAUAGUCAUUUUUGGUUUUUUUUUAAAGUUUUAAAUUUGACAGACACAAAAUAAAACGAUCAUUUUUAUAUACACUGUGGAAUGGAAGAGGGUUGUACAUGGAACUGCAAAUCUCUGUAGAGCUUGAUUUUCUUUUUAAGUAUACAAUAAAUGUGACAUAACUUUCAAAGCUG